CAACCCCAUUGCACUGGACAAAGACUUCAUUUCCUGAUACCAUUCCCACCCCUCUCUUUCUCUUUCUCUUUCUUUCUCUCUUUCUCUCCAGUUUCCCUUCAUUUCAAUUUCUCAUACUAUUCUUCUACCUCUUUCAACUCUUUCUUCCUUCUUCUGCUUGUUUUAUGGACAAAGGAUGGGGACUCACCCUUGACACCUCUUCCUCGCAAUCUCUCUCAUUAUUCCCUUCCAAACAGCCUUCCACUUCUUUCUCCAAACUCACCAGCGACACCAUGUUCCCUCUCCUCGGAUUCCCCGUCAACCUUAGCCGCCCCGCUGCCAAGGACGACGAACACAACCGCAAAGUCGUCGGUGAAGUCGACUUCUUCUCUGAUAGAAUCACCAAACCAACCUCCCCACCCUCCCACGACCAACACGUUAAACCCAACAUCGUCAAGAAGGAAAUUGUUGAAACACCUCUCCACGUUAAUACUGGUUUACAACUCCUUACUGCUAACACCGGGAGUGACCAAUCGACCGUCGAUGAUGGGGUUUCAUCGGAUGCAGAAGAUAAGCGAGCCAAAACCACCGAGCUUGCACAGAUGCAAGUGGAGCUUCAACGCAUGAACGAAGAGAACAAGAAGCUGAAAGAGAUGCUGAGCCAUGUUACCGGUAACUACACGGCCUUGCAGAUGCAUCUCAUGACAUUAAUGCAUCAGAACCAGCGCACAGAGAACACAGAAAAUGAGGUUGUUCAGGGAAAGGCGGAUGAUAAAAAUCAUGCUGUUGGUGGAGGAAAGGUUCCAAGACAGUUCCUUGAUAUAGGUCCCAGUGGCGCAGCCGAAGCAGAUGACCAAGUGUCUGACUCUUCCUCCGAUGAGAGAACACGAUCGAGCACACCUCAGAACAAUAACAUUGAAGUUGGAACAAGAGACGGUGUGAGAAAUGUUAAUGCCAAAAGAGAGUUGGGUAGGGAAGAGAGCCCAGAGUCAGAAUCCCAAGGUUGGGGUCCUAAUAAGCUUCAGAAAGUUAACCCUUCCAGUGCUAUCGAUCAGUCCACUACAGAAGCCACAAUGAGAAAAGCUCGUGUCUCAGUUCGUGCUCGAUCAGAAGCUCCCAUGAUAAGCGAUGGGUGCCAAUGGCGAAAAUAUGGACAAAAAAUGGCCAAGGGGAACCCAUGUCCUCGAGCAUAUUAUAGAUGCACUAUGGCAGUUGGUUGCCCAGUUCGCAAACAAGUUCAACGUUGUGCUGAGGAUAGAACGAUUUUGGUUACAACUUAUGAAGGUACACAUAACCAUCCACUGCCACCUGCCGCUAUGGCCAUGGCGUCAACCACUACAGCUGCUGCUAGCAUGUUACUGUCAGGGUCAAUGUCCAGUGCAGAUGGAAUUAUGAACCCCAAUUUGCUAGCUAGAGCAAUCAUUCCUUGCAAUUCUAGCAUGGCAACACUAUCAGCUUCAGCACCAUUUCCAACUGUGACUUUGGACCUCACACAUAACCCGAACCCGUUGCAAUUUCAGAGACCAGCUACCCCAUUCCAAGUGCCCUUCCUUCAAGGGCAGCCUCAGAACUUUGGAUCCGGAGCCACCCCGAUUGCACAAGCACAAGCACUUUAUAAUCAAUCAAAAUUCUCUGGUCUUCAACUAUCUCAGGAAGUAGGUUCUUCCCAGUUGGCUGCACAAGCUUCUAGACCACCCUUACAGUCUAGCCAGCAACCCUCGCCGGCUGAUACAGUCAGUGCUGCCGCGGCCGCUAUCACCUCCAAUCCAAACUUCACCGCCGUCCUCGCCGCCGCAAUCUCCUCUAUCAUAGGCGGUGCUCAUGAUGCAAACAAUAACACCAAUAACAACAACAGCACAAGCAGGACUACCAUCAGCAGCUUUUCAGGAAACUGAACCUUUUUCCUCAUCGUUCCAUUUUUUGGUUAAUACUAUUAUUCCAUAAACUUUGUAUUUUUGUACAUGGGUAUAAGGGAAAAUGACACCGUAAAUGUUCAUAUUCUUAUUAGACCAUGUCAUGGGAGGGAGGGAUAUAUUAGAUCAGAAAAUGUUUAAUUUAUUUGUACCAUUUCUUUUCCUUUGAAUAAUGUUGUAUAUUUGAUUCAAAAA